AGCGGAGCUUCAAGUUCAUGAGGGAGACGGAGGAUCAGCUGAGGAUCAUCCCUCAAUUCUGUUUCCCUGAUGCAAAAGACUGGGAGCCGGUGGAGAACUUUCCAAGUGAGAUGUUCUCCUUUGUUUUGACGGGAGAGGAUGGGAGCAGGAGGUUCGGAUACUGCCGCCGUUUACUGCCCAGUGGAAAAGGUAAACGUCUACCAGAAGUCUACUGUAUCGUCAGCCAUCUUGGCUGUUUUAACCUGUUCUCAAAGGUGCUAGAUGAGGUGGAGAGGCGUAGGGCUUUGUCUCCCGCUCUUGUGCAGCCUUUCAUGAGAGCCAUCAUGGAGGCUCAGUUUCCAGCUCCAGGCCGAACCAUCACCAUUAAGACUUUCCUCCCCGGCUCCGGCACUGAGGUGAUGGAGCUGUGCCGGCCCUCUGACUCGCGCUUGGAGCAUGUGGACUUCGAGUGUCUGUUCUCCUGUCUGAGUCUGCGCCUGCUCCUCCGGGUGCUGGGCUCCCUGCUGCUGGAGCGGAGGGUCAUCUUCACCGCCGACAAACUCAGGUUGGAGAUAUUUAUCCUUACACAACACACACUAAAAUCUUCUCCAUUGAGACAGCCCAAUAGGAGGUGGCACUGAACAUCCUGCCUCCACUGUUCAUGGGAUUAUGCAGCGGGCAGAUAUGAGCUGCGAGGGUCAGGGGUGUUUUCUUUGUGAAGCUCCCGGGUGGUCCAGUCCCUCGUUUUUUUUUUACAUUUUUAUUCAGGGAACAUGCCAGAGAGAUAUUUUGAGUCCAGCUCUGUCGAGUUGUUGUUG